UUUGUUGUCUUCCCUUUGACUGUUCAUAACUUACACAAAUCAGUAGCUAAAAUGGGGUUUCUGAAAGUCCUAUGUGACUUCUUAGAACUCUCUGUCUUCCAUUCAACCAAUUAAGCCAUCCAUUCUACUGUGUCUCCAUCAGAACUGCCAGUAGGGCAUAUAUGGGAAUUUUAUUUAUUUAUUUAUGAAGUGAAAUAAGAAAGGAUUGCUUGCUAUCUUCCAUGCACUAUUUUUGCAUUGGGAAUUUUGAGUUUUUAGUCUGGUUUGGGUUCAGAGAGAUCACUUACAAGGAAUUCUUCUGAUUUAGACCACUACAAGGUCUGAAAGUUCAGUGGUCCAGCGAAGGUUUGAACCUUGGUGAUCAAUUUAUAUGUAACAUGGAUAAGUCUUGGUGCUGGAUCAUAAUCAUUCAAAAUGUAAAUUCUGUUCUUGAGCUGCAAUGACAAGAGCUAAUUUAUAAUGUUAAUGUGUUUAGUAGUUAGUUUCGAAGGUCAAGAAUCAUUUAGCCUGCAUUGACAUGUUGUGAUGAUUAAGUUGGACGUUGUUGUUCUUUCCAUCAAGAAUCGAAUCCCAUUGGAAUGCGAUUGUUGAAUGUUUAAAUGGGAUGAGGUCACCCAUUUGUGACCUUACAGAUUCAUAAUUCUGAAUUAAAAGCAUUUACCCUCUUAAAAAAGAAAGAUCAAAAGUAGGCCACUGGGGGGAAGAAAAUCAGUGAAAUGGAUAGCUCUGAGGCGUUCAUAAGAUCAAGCACUAAAAUUAAUCUGAUUGAAUUAGAAAGUGCCCUUAUUCCAGGGCUGCCUGAUGAUGUUGCAAAGCAUUGCCUUGCAUUAGUGCCGCGAGUACAUUUUCAGUCUUUGGGGUCUGUUUGUAAGUCAUGGAGGAAAUUAACUCAGAGCAAAGAGUUCUAUAUGGUGAGAAAAUAUGUUGGUACCCAGGAAGAAUGGCUUUAUGUACUUGUAGAAGACUCAGAUGGUAAAUGCAUCCAGUGGCAGGUUCUUAAUUCUCUCAAAGGCAAAUGGCAAAGUCUUCCACCUAUGCCUGGUCCUCCAAGAACAGCAUUUGGCUUUGUUGUGAUGGAUGCAAAACUUUUGAUCAUAGCAGGCCUUAUGGAAGAUAGUGACAGUACUGCUAAAGCUUCAGCAGAUGUAUAUGAAUAUGACUCUUUCUUAAACAGAUGGAGCAAGCUUGCAGAGAUGAAUGUGGCACGCUAUGAAUUUGCUUGUGCAGUAUUGGAUGGUCUUGUUUAUGCAAUUGGGGGUCGUGGAUUCAAUGGUGAAAAUCUUUCAAGUGUUGAAGUGUUUGAUUUGUCUACAAACAAAUGGAGCCUGAUUGAAAGUCUGAGAUGUCCCAGAUGGGGUUGCUUUGCUUGUGGGCUUGAAGGAAAACUGUAUGUUAUGGGAGGCAGAUCAAGCUUCACGAUUGGGCAUUCAAGAUCAAUUGAUGUUUAUGACCCCAAAAGCUGCAGUUGGGCAGAAGUGAAAAAUGGGUGUGUUAUGGUUACUGCUCAUGCUGUUUUGGAGGAGAAAUUGGUGUGCAUGGAGUGGAAGAAUGAGAGGGAACUGGCAGUUUUUAAUGUCUCAGACAAUUCAUGGAAGAGAGUUAUUCUGCCAUUGACAGGACGGUUGACAGUGGGAUUUUGUUUUGGGAACUUCAAUGAGAAGUUGUUUCUCUUUUCCUCCAAAAAUGAACCCUAUUAUAAGACUCUGGUAUAUGAUCCUAGAGCAGUUCCUGGAUCUGAGUGGCAGACUACACAUAUCAGGCCAUUGGGUGCUUGUAUAUGCAGUGUCACAAUUACUGGUUAAAUAUUUUUUGAA